AUGAUCUUCAUGAGGCACAGAAGGUCCAGACAUGUGAUCCAGGACGAUCUUCUGAGAGGCACUCACAUGUUUCCGAGCCUGGUCCAGAGGACAAUGGUGACCAUCGCAGCCCCCCCUGAGGACCCCCGGGCCAAAGGUCUGGUGCAGGAUCUGGAGCUGAUGGAAGAGUCGCUGGAGAGGAUCCACCAGGACGUCCUGAGGAGACUGAGGAGGCCCCUGGACCCCAGCAACACACAAGAAGACCUGGCCCGGAGGCUGCAGGAGCAUGAGAAAGCGGCGCUGGCUCUGCAGAAGCUGGAGUCAGAGAAAGGCGCUCUGCAGAGGGACAUCCAGCCUCUCGUUUCCCAGAAGCCUCUGGGGCCGACCUCCUCCAGACUCCCGCUCAAACUGAGCUCCAUCAACCACAAGAUGGACCACAUCAGUGCCCUCAUGGUCCUGUACCAGAAGAAAGCCUCAGCCUCCCUGUUCCUGGAGAGACACCUUCAGACUGUGGAUGGUCUGGUGUCUGGAUUUGAGGAGCAGUUGGUGAAAGACGGGGUUCUCCUGGACGCCCCCAGUGCUCUGCCCAACCGCAGCCUGCAGCUACAGAGCCUACAGAAGGACGUUGUGUCACAUAAAGAUGAGUUAAAUAAACUGGGAAAGGAGCUGGAGCUGACGCAGCAGAACUGCAGUUCUCUGCAGCAGAACUUCAGUGAGUUCUGUCCCGACAUCCAGCGCCAGGAGACCCAGGUCCGGGCCCUCAGGAACCGCUACAGCUCCGUCACGGCACAGUUGGCCGACAGCUUCAUUAUCCACACGAUGGCUUCAGCAGGACCGGGUGGACCAGACACCACGGACACCACUCUAUGGGAUUUCUUGAGAGGUCGAGGUGUCUCUGAAAGUGGCAUUAGGGAAAUGCAACAAGAUAAGCUCCACAUUGAAAUCAUUAGUGAAGUGGAGGAUUCAUACCUGGCCCGAUACAUACCAGCCUAUGGGGACAGGAUUGCUACAAGGCGCUUUUACCUGCACCAGGCUGGGAAGACUGUAACCGACAAUCAAACCCACAGACCUAGGCUCUCAGACCCACAGACCUCAGACUCUCAGACCCACAGAUCGACUCUCAGACCCACAGACCUCAGACUCUCAGACCCACAGAUCGACUCUCAGACCCACAGACCUCAGACUCUCAGACCCACAGACCUCAGACUCUCAGACCCACAGACCUCAGACUCUCAGACCCACAGACCUCAGACUCUCAGACCCACAGACCUCAGACUCUCAGACCCACAGAUCGACUCUCAGACCCACAGACCUCAGACUCUCAGACCCACAGACCUCAGACUCUCAGACCCACAGACCUCAGACUCUCAGACCCACAGACCUCAGACUCUCAGACCCACAGACCUCAGACUCUCAGACCCACAGACCUCAGACUCUCAGACCCACAGACCUCAGACUCUCAGACCCACAGACCUCAGACUCUCAGACCCACAGACCUCAGACUCUCAGACCCACAGACCUCAGACUCUCAGACCCACAGACCUCAGACUCUCAGACCCACAGAUCGACUCUCAGACCCACAGACCAUCGACCCACAGGCCCCCCCACAGGACCUCCUGA